GCUGCUCCACGCGCUGUAUUCUCUUCCUACCUCCCGCCAUGGACUCCGCCAGCAUCCAGCGAACCUUCCGCCGCGACGCGUGUGCCGGGCGCGUGGCGCUCGUGACGGGCGGCGGCUCCGGCAUCGGCCAGGAGAUCGCGCUCACGCUGGCCGAGUACGGCGCCAAGGUCGCGGUCUUCGGCCGCCGCGAGACGGCGCUGCAGCAGACCAUGGAGCUCAUGCGCCAGCGCGGCGUGGCCUCGGACGCGUGCAUGUACGUGCAGGGCGACGUGCGCUCCGCCGAGAGCGCAGACCAGGCCGUGGCCCAAGUGGCGGCGCGCUUCGGCUCGCUCGACGUGCUCGUCAACUCGGCGGCGGGCAACUUCCUGGCGCUGGCCGACAAGCUCUCGACCAACGCCUUCCGCACGGUCAUGGAGAUCGACACCAUCGGCACCUUCAACAUGAGCCGCGCGGCCUUCGAGCCGCUCAAGCGCAGCGGCGACGGCCGCAUCAUCAACAUCACGGCCACGCUGCAGCUGCCCGCCACGUGGUACCAGGUGCACGCGUCGGCGGCCAAGGCGGCGGUGGACAGCGUCACGCGCUCGCUGGCGCUCGAGUGGGGGCAGUUCGGCAUCCGCGUGACGGGCGUCGCCCCCGGCCCCAUCGCCGACACGACGGGCACGGCCAAGCUCGGCGGAGACGUGGACCCCGAGGAGCGGAAGAAGUACAUGGCCAGCACCAUCCCCGUGGGGCGCGUCGGCGCCAAGACGGACAUCGCGGCCGCGGUGCUCUACUUGGUGUCGCCCGUGGGCAACUUCGUCUCGGGCGACGUCCUGAUCGUGGACGGAGGCCACUACCUCUACAAGAAGCCCGUCAUGCCGCGCGAAACGCUGGAGGGCUGGUCCAAGAAGAUGGAGAAGAAGUCGCGCGUCGUGGCCGACUCCAAGUUGUAAGUCGAGGACCGCGUGAGCAUGUAGUGUCAAGCUACUUGUCAUCAGUCCAUUACUAAGUUGUCUAACUGUGACCCCCCCUCCACUUAAUUGAUAUGGACCGACCUGCCUCACGUUU